AUGCGCGUACUCGCUACUCUUCCUCUUCUGGCCAUGGCUGCCCUUCAAGUCGCUGCUGGCGACUUUUCAGCGACAUGCUCUGGAACGUCCUACUUCUCUACCAGCGUUAAAUCGUACUGCCAGGACACCUCCCAAGAGGACUCUUAUUCGACAGACUUGGAUCUGACCAAGUGCCUGGCCAAUGUCGGAGGCAAGGUCGUCUUCUGCGACUGCGGUCUUGGCGGCGACAAGAAGCAGAUCUUGAACUGCCGCUGCACUGAUUCCACCGGAACGAAGAGACCUUCGUCCCUGAACCUGGGUAAGAUUAUCAUGGGAAGUUCAUCCAUUAUCAUGACAGUACCGACUAAUCGGAUUAGACACGUGCUUGAGCAACAUCGACGGAGACCUCAAGUGCUAGAGGCCCUCUCAGUUGGCAACCUCAUUUCGGAGUAA